UGCUUCCCUUCCUCACUUCCGGUCGGGAGAGGUGAGGUGUCAGUCAGCAGACUCUGGGAUCCUGCUCGUAGUUUAAACCUGCAGGUGUGUGAGUGUGUCGGUUCGGAGAUAUGUAUCACCAGCCCGUGCUGAAGAACAGGCGCACCCUCCUGGAGAGAGCAGAGAAGUUCGUCUCGGACACUUAUUUCACUGACUGUAAUCUGAGAGGACGACUCUAUGGAGCCUCUUGUCCACUGGAAUCCGUCGCCUCCUCCCUGUCUGCUAAACGGAUCACAUUCACAGAAGCCUCCCAGCAGAACUUUGCACCUUAUCGAGUGGGCGACACCUUUGGACCGACGUGGUGGACCUGCUGGUUUAAGUUGACCCUGAACAUCCCUGAGUCGUGGAGAGGGAGAGAGGUUCACCUCCUGUGGGAAAGUGAUGGGGAAGCAAUGGUGUGGAGAGAUGGGCAGCCAGUGCAGGGCUUGACCAAAGAGGGUGAAAAGACGAGUUACAUCCUCUCUGCUUGUCUGAAAGAUGAAGAACCGCACAGCGUGACCCUUUAUGUAGAGAUGGCCUGCAACGGGCUUUUCGGAGAUGGUCAGGGCUCCAUGAUUGCAGCUCCAGACCCGAACAGGAAGUUUUCUGUGCAGAGAGCUGAGCUGGUGAUAUUUAACCGUGACGUCAGGGAGCUGCUCACUGACUUUGAGAUGCUUGUUGACAUUGUGAAGGAACUAGGGGAGGGCGAGCAGCGAGGCUACCAGGCUCUGUUCACUGUGAAUGAGAUGGUCAACCUUUGUGUCCCCUCCGAUCCCAGCACUUUCCCCAGAACACACAGUCUGGCUCACAAAUUCUUUAGCCAGCGGAAUGGAGAAAGCCAGCACAUCGUCCAUGCGAUGGGUCACUGCCACAUAGACUCAGCCUGGCUGUGGCCCUAUGAAGAGACCAUCCGUAAAUGUGGCAGAAGCUGGGUGACGGUGAUCCGUUUGAUGGAGACGAACCCGGACUUUGUGUUUACUUGCUCUCAGGCUCAGCAGUUCCAGUGGGUGAAGAGCUGGUACCCAGGACUCUUCACCCAGAUCAAGCAUUUUGUGAAGAAAGGCCAGUUCAUUCCAGUAGGAGGAACAUGGGUGGAGAUGGAUGGAAAUCUGCCCUCAGGUGAGUCCAUGGUCAGACAGUUCCUCGAGGGCCAGCGUUUUUUUAACCAGGAGUUUGGGAUCCACUGUAAAGAGUUCUGGCUACCGGACACAUUCGGCUACUCCGCCCAGCUUCCUCAAAUUAUGCAGGGAUUUGGCAUUUCCAACUUUUUGACACAGAAGCUGAGCUGGAACCUGGUCAACACCUUUCCUCACAACACAUUUUUCUGGGAAGGCCUGGAUGGGUCCAAGGUUUUAACACACUUCCCACCAGGAAAUUCCUACGAAAUGAAGGGCAAGAUCGAAGAUCUUGUGAAAACAUUGAAGAAUAACAAAGACAAAGGCAGAGCCAACCACAGUGCGGUGCUGUUCGGUUUCGGUGACGGCGGGGGAGGACCCACACAGCUCAUGCUGGACAGACUGAACCGGGUCCGGGACACAGACGGGCUUCCAAAAGUCCAGACAUCUACUCCCAACAAGCUUUUCUCUCAGCUUCACGCUGACUCAGAUCUGCUGUGUACGUGGAGCGGUGAGCUCUUCCUGGAGCUGCACAACGGCACCUACACCACAGAGGCGCAGAUUAAACGAGGGAACCGUCAAUGCGAGGCCCUCCUCCAUGAUGUGGAGGUAGCCAGCUGCUUGGCUCUGUGUCGGGAGCCCACAUUUAAGUAUCCGGUGGAAAAGCUGCAGAAGCUGUGGAGGCUGCUUCUUCUAAACCAGUUCCACGACGUGAUCCCUGGCAGCUGUAUAGAGAUGGUUGUGGAGGAUGCACUCAGGUAUUAUGAAGAUAUCCGCAGUGGUUGUACUGCACUGCUGCGUGAUGCAUGUGGAGCCCUGGCGUCAAAAGGAAAUGGUGCCGGUGUGUUCAACUCUCUGUCGUGGGAGCGUCAUGAAGUCAUCCAGACUCAGGAGGGGGCUGGUGAACCUGAUCUGGCUCUGGUGAGAGUUCCCAGUGUGGGUUCAGCUCCCGUCACAAACACAGAGCCUGUGACUCCAGUCUCUGUCACUGUUCAGGCCAACGGAGCUGUCGUCAUGGAGAACGGGAUCUUAAAGACUGUCGUGAACCAAGACGGCACUUUGGCGUCGCUGUAUUUGAUCAAUGAAAACAGAGAAGCCAUCUCUGACAGCUGCCAUGGGAACCAGUUUGUCAUGUUUGAUGACGUCCCCCUCUACUGGGAUGCUUGGGAUGUAAUGGACUACCAUCUUCAGACAAGGAAGCCGGUGUUGGAGGUGGUGCAGCCCGUUCAGGUGACGUCCUCAGGUGGACUGCGAGGCAGCGUCAGCUUCACCCUCAGGAUCAGUGACAAAAGCACCAUCACGCAGACGAUCGUCAUGGACGCCAUGUGUCCUUACAUCAAAUUCAGCACAGAGGUGAAGUGGGCGGAGUCACACAAGUUUCUCAAGGUGGAAUUCCCAGUGCGAGUGCACAGCCCCAACGCCACGUAUGAGAUCCAGUUUGGCCACCUGCAGAGACCCACACACAGAAACACCUCAUGGGACUGGGCCAGAUUUGAGGUUUGGGGCCAUAAGUGGGCCGACUUGUCAGAGCACAACUUCGGGGUUGCGCUGCUGAACGACUGCAAAUACGGUUACUCGGUCCAUAAGAACACAAUGACUCUGUCCCUACUGAGAGCACCGAAGGCCCCAAACGCCAACGCUGACAUGGGGACUCAUCAUUUCACAUAUGCAAUCAUGCCACACACAGGAUCCUUCCAAGAUGCCUCUGUAAUCCAGUGUGCGUACAACCUCAAUUUCCCGUUGAGGUUAAUCCAGUGCACCCCCGACUCUGCACCCUGGAGCGCCUUUUCUGUCAGCGCCGAAGCCGUCAUCCUGGAAACCGUUAAGCAGGCCGAGGACCGGAAGGGGGCAUUGGUAGUCCGACUCUUUGAGUCACAUGGGAGCAGCGUGACGGCAACUCUCCGCACCGCCCUUCCAGUGAGGGAAGCCUGGCAUUGUGACCUCAUGGAGAGACAGGACCCCGCCCAGACGGCGACCAUUGCGUCAGGGGGAAUCGCUCUUAACUUCAGCCCCUUUCAAAUUGUUUCACUUCUCCUCAUCCUGUGAUUAUUCAUCCUCGGGUGUUCACGUUUGGAAUACUGAGGUUAUGUUUUCCUCUGUUUGUUAACAAGAUUAAACUAAAACCUGCUAGACGGAUUUCCACAAAACUUGGUGAAAGGAUGCAAUAUGGAUCAGGGAGGAACCCAUUAAAUGAGUGCCAUCCAAGUGAAAUGCACGUUUGAUUUAGAAAAUAAAAUCAGUCAAAUCAACAAUUUAAUGACCGUUAGUCUAAUAAAGAUGUUUCCUGCAGGUAGAACCAGUAGCUGAUGGCAUCGCAUCUGUUUGAGGUACACAUUGUUGCUGAAAUGCCAAAAUGAAUGGUUUCACUUCACUUCAAAACAAACAUUUGCAGAACUUUUGUAGAAACAUGGUUUUAUUAAAAAAUUGUACAAAAUUAAAAAA